AUGGACCAGUUGCUUUUCAAGCCACCUUUUAUGAUUCUACAAUAUAUAUAUAUAUAUUUGACAUUGAAAAACUUUUCAUUUAUACUCAAAUACUUUAAAUCUUCAAUCUUGCAAAGAAACAACCCGGAGAGGUGGUAGAUGGAUUAUCAUCAGGACGUGCUAUCCUUCUUCGUUAUCAUCAAGGAUGGCCUCACCAAGCAAAUAGAAGUUCCCCUGAAGUUUCUGAAGCAUUUAAAUGAAAAACUCACGAGUAAUGCUAUUCUGAUUGGCCCUUCUGGUGACCAAUGGCAAGUAGCUAUUAUCAAGAAAGGAAAUGACAUAUACAUGCAAAAUGGUUGGCUACAAUUUCUAAGAGACAACUCAGUGAAGCUUUAUGAGCUCUUGCUUUUCACAUAUCAUAGAAAGAACUGCUUCAGGGUUCAAAUUUUUGGUAGGGAUGGAUGUGAGAGGCUAUACCUCAAAGAAACAACACAAGAAGAAGCUGCCAUCCCAAGUUUAGUGAGGAGAAAGAAGGGUAGACCAACAAAAGCUUCUGUCAAUUCAUUACCCCUCAAUGAAUCAAAGUUUUGUCAAGAAGAGCCUUUCAGCAACAAAGGCUCACUUUCUAAGGACUUACCAAAGCCUCAGAUUUCAACUAAAAUUGCAAGAUCAGAAGCAUGCAAUUUGAACGAGUCUUUUACCUAUGGCAAGCCUUUUUGGAAGCACCUCUUGACAAAAUCUAAUGUGGAUGAUCGGUGCUUGUUGCCCAUUGCUACUGAGUUUGCAAGAAAGUAUAUUCCUGAAUCAGUAAAAACAAUCACCCUUUGGAAUUUGGAAGGAAAAUAUUGGGAGGUGAUGGUGAAUUGUAUUCACAGUAACAAUAAAAGGUAUACUCAGUUUACAAAGGGAUGGGGAAAAUUCGUUCGUGAUAACAAGCUCAGGAGAGGUGACACUUGCAUAUUUGAACUUGAAGGUGGGAACCAUAUGAAGGUUCAAAUAUUCAGAUGUGUACCAAGUAAAUCCAGUGUCCAACAAAAGCUUAGCUUUAUUUGA